AUGCGGCGCCGUCUUCUUAUCUUUCUCCUGAUCAACCUUCUCAUUCUCAUUCUCCUGCUUCGCAGUGUCUCGACGCUGCUAUCGCUACUCGUCGAAGAUGCCGGCGCCGACGCGAUUCACCGCGCCGAGUUUUCCUCGCCAAACUCCAGCCUGAUCGAAGAACGCCCCCAGAUCAUCCCUAAGAUUAUUCAUCAGACCUACAAAAACGAAACUAUUCCUGAGGUCUGGGUCGAUGCCCAGCAGAGCUGCAUUGACAUGCACCCGGACUACGAGUAUAUUCUGUGGACGAAUGAAAAAUCGCGCGACUUCAUCGCCGCUCAAUAUCCCUGGUUCCUGAAGACUUUUGACGGUUACAAAUAUCCCAUCCAGCGCGCAGACUCGAUCCGCUAUUUCCUUCUGGCACACUAUGGUGGAACUUAUAUUGAUUUGGACGAUGGCUGCAAUCGUCGCUUAGAUCCCCUACUCGCUUACCCCGCGUGGGUGCGUCGCACUGUACCCACUGGUAUCUCUAAUGAUGCGAUGGGCUCGGUGCCCCAGCAUCCCUUCUUCCUACGCGUGAUCGAAUUGCUUCAGCAGUACGACCAACACUGGCUCCUCCCCUAUAUCACCGUUAUGUACUCGACUGGGCCACUGUUCCUAUCGGUUAUCUGGAAAGAGUAUAUAAAAGACUAUCCGUCCGAGAUGAGCCGUGUCCGCAUUCUUAUGCAGGAUGAGUAUAUGAAGUACUCCUGGAGUUUCUUCAUCCACCACACUGGAAAUAGCUGGCACGGCAAGGACGCGUAUUUUAUUUUCUGGAUGGGCCAACACUGGAUUUUCCUCACCUUCUGCGGCUUCCUCCUUGCCGCUGUCUUCGGCUUCUGCCUCUUCUGGACCUAUGGUCGAAUCGUGCUCCUAGGGGCCCAGUAUCGUUACCGCUACACCGAGGUCCCUUCAAUCAUCAGCGCGCCCCGCUUAUCAUCCUCGCCUUCGCGACACGCGCGUCGCCUGAUGCCCACGUUGCUGCGGAGAAUAAGCUUUCAAGGAGACGAGGCUACCGAUACCUCGUGCGAACUCGGUCGCCGCGAAGACUGA